AUGCCAGGCUCUACACCAGCAACCCCCAUCAAUUGUGAGAUCGACUUUGAUCCCGCCAACGUCGCAGGAAAGACCGCUAUCGUCACGGGAGGUGCCAAUGGGCUGGGACAAGCAUAUGUCCGAGCGUUGCACGCUGCGAAGGCCAACGUCGUCAUCGGUGACUUAAGCUUGCAGAAUGGCGAAAAACUUGCAUCGGAGCUACCUGGCACGAGAUUUGUUCAAACCGAUGUCACCAAGUGGGAAGACCAAUUGAAUAUGUUUCAGAAAGCGGAAAAGGAGUUUGGAAAGAUUCAUUAUGUGGUUGCAAAUGCUGGAGUUGCGACUAAAGACGAUGUAUUCUCCUUUGAUGGUCCGGACUCAGAACCCAAGGAACCAAAAUUGAACAUCAUCGAUGUGAAUAUUCGAGGUGUCCUGUACACGGCUAAGCUUGCAAUGCAUUAUUUCAUUAAGCUCAACGGUACAACUCCUUCGCCACACCAGGUUGACACUUGCCUGAUCCUGAUCGGAUCUGGAGCUGCAUUCCUCGAUUGCCCUCGCGGACCCCAAUAUCAAUGCUCAAAAUGGGGUAUGCGCGGCGUGAUGCAUGCCUUGAGAAGGACGACCGGCUUCUACGGCAGUCGCGUGAACGUAUUAUCGCCCUGGUAUGUUCGCACCAACAUCCUUACCAAGGAGACCUUCGACCAGGUCGAGAGGGCUGGCGUGCAAAUAGCCACAACAGAAGAUGCGGGCCAGGCGCUGUUACGCCUCCUUAGUGAGACUGACAUUAAUGGGCGAAUGCUAUUCAUAGCUCCAAGGAAGUGGGCAAGCAAAGGAUAUGUCGACUUAGAUAUCGAUGAGUACCCCGAGAAUUCUCUCUUGAACGAAAUCCAGGAGGACCAAGUGAAGCCGGCGCCUGUUAAUUUAGGGCUUUUUAUCAAGUAA